GGUUAAGAAUUAUAUUGAAUCGCUUACAAAGGUGAUGGCAGUAAAUAGUAACUAAGAGUCAAAGAUUCUAUCGUAUGCGGGUUCAUUUUAUUUUCUCAUCUUGCUUUAGCUGCGAAGAACAAUUAUUCUAUCAUUUUUGAAGUCCUUUACUAUUACUGCUACACCAAGCUCAUCAUGACUUCGUUUUUCCACUUCAUUCGUAUCCUCUGAGAAGGUUACUUAUGGGCUCAAUGGAUGCAGUUUUUUGCCUCAUGUCUUUCUACGUGACCCCUGCCGUAUGCACCCAGCUCUGAGGACACUGCGGUAGUCGACGGUGCGUUGAUUGCAACUGUAAUACAUAGUAGUCGACUGCUUUAAGAGAUAGUUUUGUAUCGUCUAUCCCCAAGCAACCUAUGAAGUAUCCUUAAAUUCUGGGAUGAAUUGAUGUGUUGGAUGCUUUGAAUUUAUCACUAUUUAGUUGUUUGAAGUGCAAAGGCUCAAGCAGUGAUAGUAGACUGUGUGAAGCAGAUCAGCGGAGCAUGCCAUUUAGCGUUCCUUCGGAAAUUUCACCUCGUUUUGCUACUUUUUUCUUUUCCUCAUCGUCAAAUGGGUCAUUUCACCAUGUGAUGCGUCUUGUGAUAUUUCCUGUGAGGAUAGGACGUUCCUCCUACUAGCCAUUGGUAUUAGUACACAACUGUGUAACUGUGUGGCACCGUGGAAUGCCUUUAAGCCGCACACACAAAUCGACGCAUGCUCGUGGUCAGAAGAGGUGGCCGACAAGUCGAAUUUGAUCGGGGGGAAAGAGGGCAUCCGAGGCGAGGAUACCAUGGAGGAAAUCCUGAGAGGAUUUAGAGUUUUUCCAUGUUUUGGGAGAGUUGUUUCUCAUUCGGGAUCACAUUCAGCUUUAGCAAUUAGGAUUCGCCUACUGUAUUGUCUCGCGGACAAGGUUGAGGAGAAGCCCUUAUAUGUGAAGAGUGGCACAACUUGAAACUUCUCCGUAGAUAUUUUUUCCCACUUUCGGAUGCUUGAAGGGGUAAACCAUAAUUUAUUAUAUACAUAUAAGCACAUGUAUAAUCAUAAGUAUAUAUGUAAAUAUAGUCAUGAUAUAUAUGUUUAUUCAUUUUAUAAUUUAUGCAGCACAGGGUCCUUUAUCUUCAUUAAGUAUGAAAAUAAGCAAAAUUGUGUGAAAUCACCUAAAUUGGAUUAUCAGACCCCUGCUCAUAGUAACCUAUUUACCGAUUCUAUGAAACAAAACCAGGAGCACUGCUUCUGUUCAGAUUCAGAGCUUUCAUAG